UUUCAACAGUUAUUUAUUAAUAAUUAUAUCAAUUUAUCAUUUUGUUUAACAAAAAGAUGAAACUAAUGUUGAAAAUGGUUUGAAAUUUAGUUAUUAAUAACAAAACGAUAUAAAAGUCAUGAAUAAUAUUGAAAUGUAUUUAAAAAUAAUUGUAUUAUCAUUGAGUGUCUUUGAGGGCGCAUAUUGUGCCACAGUCUUUGUGUCCGAUGACGGGCCGGGAGUUCUGGACAUUCCCAUCACAUUUACAGCCAAAUUAAUAGGAGGCGAUACACCUAUUGAUAUGCAAGACUAUGGAUAUGUGUUUGAAGCCAGAGAAGUAUAUCCUCCGCAUAGACAAGAGGUUAGGGGUAAGCAUGAGGUCAACUAUACCAUCGAUUACAAGUCAAGUGAAACAAGUGAAGGCUUGUAUACUAUGAAAGUACAGGUCUUUAUCUAUAUUUGGGGUAUCAAAGGUUGGCUCAUAGCUGAAGACAUUCAUCAGUUUAAACUUCAAAAUGGUUUAGCGGGAAGUAUUAAUAUACAACAGUCAGGUCUUCCCGAUAAAGCCCUUAACCAAUCAUUGGUGGCCACUAACCGAACUGUAGAAAUGAAUGCUGUCAUCAAUGAUGGUUCACAUUCACUAAAGAAUGCGUCCAUUUCUUAUACAUGGAUUGUGGACAGUCAUAAAUUUGGUCCCAAUAAUAGUUCAUCAAAUAAUGUUAAUUUCACCGAAAGUAAAGAUUAUGAUAUAAAUGUAGUGAUAAUGUGUAAUAUAACGCGCGGUAAUACAACACUCAAUAAAUUGGGUCGUUUUAGUCGUCAAAUUAGAGCCAGAAAUUCCAUUAAAGAAGUAGUGGUUAAAGGAAAUACAUGGCUACAGGACGGCGCUGUCUUGCAUCUGGAGGUGAACUGUACGGGAGGUGACAAACCAUUUUGGCACUGCUAUCAGUUCUCAAAGAACUUUCGGCCAAACUUUACCUGUGAUAAGGAGUUAAUUUACUCAAAUAAUGAUUGCUUUUUUCCGAUCACUCAUUACUUCCGAGAGAAUGGCACCUAUUAUGUGGACAUUGGAGUCUAUAAUGAUGUGACUUAUAUUAACAAAUCAAUCAAAAUUAAUGUUUAUGAAAUUAUAAGAGAAACACAGUUGACAUUUGUGAUAAUCCCAAUUGUGAGUUCAAUAUUGGCUAUCAUUAUAAUAGUUGUGGCCAUUGCUUAUCACUUACAACAAAGGGCUUCAAAUAAUCUUACACUAGAAGUGGCAGAUUUUGACUUUCAAAACAAUGAUAAUCUUAUGGAAAAGACAUUCUUCGAGAGACUUCGUGAGUCCAUCGCAACAGCAAUGAGAGAAACAUUCUUCUAUCCGUGUAAUCCAUGUACCAGAGCUGCCAUUCGUGAUUACGAUCAAAUCAUCGACGACGACAACGUCAACACAGUCACUAACUGUUCACCAAUUAAUACAAAUACAGUAGCAUAUGGUGGUUUCAAAUAUUAGUUUAUUGUUUUACUUUGUAUUAUUAUUAAUAUUGUGUAUAUAUA